AUGGCGAACUCCGAGUCGGUAUAUGUCAGUGUAUUAUUGCUUGUUUGUGUUGUGGUUUUCUGGUACCACGGUGUUGAAGCUGACCACGUGAGCUGCUCUCCUCGAUACUUCGGUCAUGGCUCCAUUGUGUGUGUAUGUAAUGCAACCUACUGUGAUACAGUGGAAGCAAACACACCCCUGCCACGGCAGAUGUUCGCACGGUACCAAUCCACUCAGACAGGUGAACGAUUUAAAAAGUCGACGGGCAAGUUCGAUUCAAUACACACAGAGAAAAUUGUGAUGUACGUUUUUCGGACAAACCAGACGAGAUACCAGAAUAUCAAAGGUUUUGGAGGGGCUUUUACAGACGCUGCUGGGAUCAAUAUUGCCAGUCUCUCAACAAAAGCACAGGAUAAUCUUCUCCGAUCCUACUUCCACUCCAGCGGUAUUGAGUACACGGUGGCCAGAGUGCCAAUGGCAAGCUGUGAUUUCUCCACUCGAGAAUACUCUUACGACGAUACAGCAAAUGAUUUCAACUUAACCAAGUUUUCUCUGGCACCAGAAGAUCUCAAAUAUAAGAUUCCAUUUCUCCAGAAAGCUAUUUCCUUGGGACGUCCGGUGCGCGUGUUCGGCAGUCCGUGGAGCGCCCCCGCCUGGAUGAAAACUGAUCAGUCUAUGACAGGAAAGGGGUCACUUAUUGGUCAGCCUGGUGGACAGUAUUUCAAAACGUGGGCCCUGUAUUUCGCAAAAUUUAUUGAAGCGUAUGCGAGUCACAAUAUUACGAUUUGGGGAUUAACUGCCCAGAACGAACCAUCAGACGGGAGAAUCAAGAACUUCACGUUUCAAGCCAUGGGCUGGACCGCGGAGCAGCAAAGAGAUUUUAUAGUAAAAGAUCUGGGCCCUUUGUUGGAGGAAAGGGGCCACGGAGCUGUGAAUAUAAUGAUACUGGAUGGUCAACGAGUCUUAUUGCCCUACUGGACUUUCGUGGUACUGUCUGAUCCAAAUGCGCUGAAGUAUGUAUCCGGUAUCGCCGUUCAUUGGUACCUCGACAAUUUGGUCCCACCAACAUUUCUAGAUUACACACAUGGUAAAUACCCCGAACAAUACAUCUUCGGAACGGAGGCCUGUGCUGACGGACUUCCUGGCUCUCCGUUACAGGCAGUCCGACUCGGAGACUGGUCUCGAGCCGAAAGCUACGCCAGGGAUAUACUCGAGGACCUUGGGCACUGGGUGACCGGUUGGACAGAUUGGAAUAUUGCUCUAAAUAUGGAAGGGGGUCCAAACUGGGUCCGAAACUUUGUGGACAGCCCUAUUAUUGUAAACGCAGAAAACGACGAAUUCUAUAAACAACCAAUGUUUUAUGCCAUGGGACACUUCAGUAAAUUCUUGCCUCCUGGAUCUACGAGAAUAUCCCUGUCUAUAUAUGGUUCUACACCUCUAAAGUGUGAGGGAUUUCUACUUCCGGAUAACUCCGUCGUCAUCAUUAUACUGAAUAUGUCUGAUGAAGAAGUGACGAUAAGCGUCUACGAUAACGAGAUUGGUUCUAUAAACGGCAACAUGAUUCCCGCCCAUUCUCUUCAGACGAUAACCUAUUGGACAACUUAG